AGCAAUCAAAGACAAGCAGGUGAGACCAGUCGCAAUUAGGCAAUACAUUCUCAGCCCUAGCUUCGAUCGUCGUGGUUCAUCCCUCCUUGCAUCUACCCACUAUGGAUUAUUACUAUGGCGCAUCUGGCGCAUCCAAGUCAGCCGCUGCCGGACAACUGCCCCCUAUUCCCCGUCAGAGUCGCCACCAAUCCCGGAGGAAGGCAAUUGAUCCUUCCAUGCACUUACAUCUCCGUGACGAUGACAUAGACCGCGUCGGCGUACCGCCAGCCUCACCCGAAGUAAUCUCAUCUCUAAUUACUAGUCUAUCUGUCAUCUCAAAACCGGCCAAUAAGCAUUUCGAGAACCAAAGCUUGUCUAUGCCAAGCUCACCCCGCGAAGGCAGUUUUGGUGUUGAAUACGGAGCCUUCUCUGCUUCUAAGCUCGGUCGGCUACAAGAGGAGGAUAUUAACCUUAGCGAAUUAGCUGCUAGUCCCCCUACCAUUCGAACAGCGAAGCCGCCAUCUGGCUUCUCUCCAUUGACUGCCCCAAAGUCGCCAUCUUCGGGUGGUGGGUUGAAGGCUCUCCUGCGCGGCUCGUCUAGACCGUCAUCAAAGGGUUCCGUCUCGUCGUACGAUGAUACACGUAGCAUAGGCAAUCUUUCGGUCGAACGUGGAUUGCCACCUACACCAGAACUGCGCAGACAACGAUCAUUCGACAGUUGGGGAAAGAAGCAAGCUCGUAAUCACCGAGGUCUCAUGUACAUGAGCUCGAAAGAACGAUUGCGUGCUAGUGAGACAGAAAAGAAGCGCGCCAGCUUAGUGUCUAUCGGUACAUCUAACAGUUUAGGCGCAUUGUCACCCAGAACCGAUACUAUUCUUGCCGAAACCCCGAUUCGCGAAGAACCGAGUGAUUCGCCAACUAAAGGAGACAUGUACGAGUUAAGUCCGACUAUCGAUCUAGAUAAUGUUCAGAGGUCAAUUCCAGCUCGCGAUUCUUCUUUACGCAAAACGGGAACCAACGCCAAAAGAUCGUCGCAUAGGUCUUCGCGAUCGAGAAGGGAGGGCGACGGCGGCUUCGAAGAUACCAUCCCAGAAGACUCGGAACAUACUAGGUCGCGCGAUCCGUCCCAUUCGAGACGGCAACACAUAAGUCGAGCGAAUUCGGAGUCUGGUGCUCGGAGAAGGGACGAUUCUCUACCGCCCGAAAUGCCACACCCUACACGCGCAAGCGCCCCUUCCAUUAAGAUGCCCCAGGAAAACAAUUAUACCCAUCAGCGAUCGAGGUCAUAUUCGAAUGAUACCAAUAGAUUUGAAGAUGGCGCGCCCUUCCCAGCUGUGGCACAAAGAAGACGCAGUCCGCAUGGGAGCGAUCGCAAAACAGUGGGACAUACGACCCCGGACAUAGGCGAGAUAAUCAGACCGAAGCGAAGCAGUUCACGGUUGAAGCGGCUUUCUGUAGCAGGGCCUAAAAGUCCAGAACCAGAGAGGAAAAAAGAGAUUGCUUCUUCCGAGCCCGUGGUGGGAUACGAGCGACCUCAAAGCGCGGAUUCUAUUGACGAUGCGGUCGAGUCUUACUUGUGCUCGCCGAGGCUGUCACAGAAGAUUAAGCACCCGCAGACUGGCCGAGUCAUCUCGUUUUCAGAGGUUGGCGAUGCCGAAGGCUCAGCAGUAUUUUGCUGUGUUGGCAUGGGCUUGACUAGAUACGUCACUGCGUUCUACGACGAAUUGGCACUGACACUGAAGUUGAGACUUAUUACUCCUGAUCGACCUGGAGUAGGCGAUAGCGAACCGUAUGCCGACGGGACGGCGACACCCCUCAGCUGGCCUGAUGACGUCUAUGCGAUCUGUCAAGCGCUCAAAAUUAACAAGUUUUCUAUCCUCGCGCACUCUGCGGGUGCCAUUUACGCUCUUGCUACUGCGCUUCGGAUGCCACAGCACAUUCGUGGUCGCAUCCAUCUUUUGGCUCCCUGGAUUCCCCCAUCACAGAUGAACGUGUUCGGCGGAUCUCAGGCCUUGCCUCCUACUAAUGCAAUCCCCACAUCCCAGAGGAUCCUCCGGGCUUUACCAACUCCUUUCCUUAAAGCAGCUAAUAGUUCCUUCAUGUCAGCUACUAGUAGCUCUAUUACUAGCUCAUUGCCUAAAAACAACGCUCGCCGUGGGAAGCGAAAGUCCACUGCCCCUGCCGGGCGUGAUACAACCGGCUCCAGCAAUCGCCGAGAUGCAUUGCCCAGCAUAGACAAGGAAAAUUUCAUACAGGAAACUCCGGAAGGGAGGAUCCUCCCGCUUUCUGCCAGCGAAAAUAUGGAUCGUUGCCGUCCUGGCGACAAUGAGUUUAACCCCCAAAAUGCUGUUAUUGCUGCCGCUGCGAACGCUAUAGCGGAUAAGGAAAGACAAAUGACAUACGACAUGCGGCUCACUCACGCGAUUUGGGAACUUGCUACUACAGGAGCCAACCCUGCUGUGGAUCUGCUUGUUUGCUUAGAGCGUAGGCACACGAUCGGCUUCCGCUACGUGGACAUCACCCGCCCAGUUACUAUCCAUCACGGUAGCAGGGACACGCGUGUUCCUGUCGAAAACGUAAAGUGGCUUGGGAAGACUAUGCGGCGAUGCGAGGUCCGCGUGCUUGAGGGCGAAGGUCACGGAUUGAUGGCUAGUGCUACAGUUAUGAGCACCGUGUUGAUGGAGAUAAGUAAAGAGUGGGAUGACUGGAUGAUGCUUACAAACUCGAACAAACGAACUGAAGAACGAGGCCGAAGCAUACGAGCUAGCGCACGGUGAAGCACAGUAUGGCUGCGUAUUAUAGAGAGAGGAGGAAUUCUCGGAGGAGCUUUAUACGGUAAUAUUUGGGAUUUUGAUCAUACCCGGCGCAUAGGAGCCUUAUAUUUUAUUGCUUUAUAUAUUCUACAAGGGACUCGGUAGUGCUCUACGGCUCGCUAA